AUGGAUGGGCAAAACCACCGUACCUCUAUAGAACUCACGGGAAAAGAGAAAGGACUAAAAAGAGGAAUGAAUUUUGCGUUCGGAAGGUCCAUAGUGUAUGGUGCCUCUCCGGUUGUUCGAUCGCCCAACAUGUCUUCUCAGGUCAAUCUCUUGGUUGACCUUUUCGUCGCCCGCCGUGUCUACACUUUCGACGACAUUUCUUCCUCCGACGUCGCUGUCCUCACCUACUCCGGCCAAGACUAUCUUGAAUACAUCGCCAAACACGACCUACGUGUGUACCAAGCGUUCGUACCGCUUAUCGUGGAGGAUAUAAAGCAUUGUCUGUUGAAAUUGGACGGAAUCAUAUUUAAGAAUAUCGCAGUUACCUCGCUGCUGCCGAUUGGAUGCUUCCCACAUUUCACCUCUGCGUCCAAAUUCCAAAGCUGCAACGAGUCAUAUAGCGAAUUGGUGGAACUCCACAACAAGUUGUUGAAAGUAGCCGUGGGCAGGCUCAACGUAGAGGCUAGGCUUAGGAAGAAGGGGCAGAGUUUCUUCAUUAUUGAUAUUCACAAGGCCUUCAUGACCGUCUUGAAGAAAAAAGGGAGAAGAAGGUUUAGAAAUCCAUUGAAGCCGUGCUGCGAAGGUGAUUGUGCUACUGUGGAUAGUAAGGGUGAGAAGAAGUAUAGCUUAUGUGAUGAUCCAAAGUCUGCUUUCUUCUGGGAUAAAGUUAACCCUACCCAAGAAGGAUGGAAAUCGAUUUACUCGGUUUUAGGCAACCCUUUGACCAAAGGAUAA